UGAUCAAGUUACCAAAUGCCGUGAGCGUGACUAAAUAAAACAGGGUAUCGAGAAAGCCGAUGUUUCCAAAUGACCAGCUUGGCCAGUUCAAAAACUAUAAGAUGAUGUUCUGCCUACCCAUUUUCGAAACUGGCUGGCACAGCGCACCUUUUCGCAUUAAGGAAACGUGCUCGUUUUGAGUAGUGGACGUAAGCAUUACAAAGCUGUUACUGACCAUCACAUCUACAACUACAUGGAUGACAUUAGGUCAUUUGAUGUAAAAUCGCUAAGGAAGGUGAAGACGAGCGUCAAGACGGUAGACGGCCGACAGUUCGAAGAGGUGCGCGACUCCAAGGGAGAGCCGCGCAUCGUGUCAACGCCUCGUUUUGACGGCUCAAUGGGUUUUGUGCCCGACCUUAAACCCGAUCUUCAGGUGGGAGAAGUGAUUCCCGGACUUCACAUAGGUUCGCAGGAUGCCGCUGCGGACUGGUGUCUGCUGCGGUCUCUGGCUGUGACGCACGUCGUGAACGCGGUCGCCACGACAGUGCCCAACUUCCACGAAGACCGUGGCCUGACCUACCUGGCUCUGGAACUACUGGACCUUCCUGACUUCACCCUCACGCUUGACACCAUUGAUAAAGUGUGCGACUUUAUCGAUGAAGCGCUUUCAUCUGGUGGAUCCGUGCUUGUGCACUGCAACGCUGGCGUGUCCAGAUCGUGCGCGCUCGUGCUGGCCUUCCUGAUACUUCGUCGUGGAAUGGAUCUUCGCGAGGCCCUCGAGAGGGCGCGCACCGCGAGGCCUGUCGUUCGCCCCAACGACGGUUUUCUCAGACAGCUGAAAGAGCUGCAGAAAAGCGUGCGGCCAUCAACUCAGUCACCAUCGUCCUGAUAUGCCUCUGCUCUCAUGAAGACAAGAAGACAAAGGGAAGAAAGCGACAAGUGGGCGCGGUGUGAAGAACGGAUCAUAGAUGAUACCAGAUGAACUGCCUGUGCCAUUGAACCCUGCAUGUGAAAUAGUAAAGUUGAGAAACAACUCAGUCUGCCUGCAGAGAUUGAGUGAAAACA